AUGUUUCAUUUAAAACGUCUUCUCUUUGGAAUUAUUCUUUUGUUAUCUUUUGGUUCAGCUUUUGCUGAAGAAUAUGAUCCUAAUAAAGACGUUUUCGACCAAAUAAUUAAUGUGCUUGUUCCUACGCUUAUAGUUUUUUUAUUUGAUACGAAAGGAAAGUCAGAAAAGAAAGAAAAGCUAGAAGAUUCAAAUUCGGAAGAAUUAGAAAAGAAACAAAUAAGCGUAUUUAUUAAAAUUAGACAAGAAAUAUCCCCAGUUAAAAUUAGGCGAGCUUUUGAUGACUUUCUUUUUUUAUUAUCCCUUUUUGUUCUACCAUGUAUAGUGUUUUAUAAAAAUCAUAAGGAAUUCGCAAUACCAAUCUGGAUUCCAAUGCUUUUUGGAGCUAUGACUGGUUUUGUUUUCUUUGUACUCAUAGACUAUUAUAUUAUUAGCUAUAGCGACUCAGUAAUAAUUGAUCGAAGAUUUGUACUUGGACUUUUAGGUCUUUUUAUUGAUUUAGGUCACAUUAUUUCUGAUAUUUGUUUCAUAUUUUAUACCAAAAGUAUUCCUGAGAGUAAUUUUACAAAUGUUUUCAUCUACUCACAUGCAGUAACCGGAAUUUUAGGAUCGGUUUUGCUUCUUUAUUAUAUAUGUGAGGUUUGCUUUAUAUAUUCGAGGACUUAUGAAGGCGUUAGUGCCUUCGAAAAAUCAGAACCUUUUUUAAGGAAAUUAACUAUAACAGCGACUUGCCUUUGGACUCCAAUAGUCCAAAUGCUAAAUAUGUCUCUCCUUUCUGGUAAUGACUAUUAUUGGACGAAAUCAAUAUUGGCAUUAAACAUGAUUUACCUCUCAAGAGUUAUAAAUUAUGCUGAAAAAAAUGUCAAAAUAUCGAAAUAUGAAAAAGUACCAUUUGCAUGCUACGGCAGCUACGCUAUAAAUAAAGGUGUAUAUAAAAAUGCUGACCUGGGCAGGUGGUGUCAGCAAAAAAGGGUAUACAAUCAGAAAUACCAAUUAGGAUUGCAAAAAGAGGCAAACUAUUUGGAGAGCUUGUGGGCGACUCUUCUAACCUGUUUGCAUAAAAAGAGGCAAUCAAAUAAAGACCCGACCGAAGGGAGGGCAUGCAAAAAUAAGAGGCAAAUCCAGAAAGCAUACAUGUUCACAGAGUUGCGGAGCACCGAAGGUGCGGACUGCGGAGCAUGUACGCAAAACAUGAGAACAAAUAAUGUUCACAGUGUUGCGGAGCGAAGCGGAGCACUGGGGAGACCCAGCACCAGUAAAACUGAACAUUCUGAGCCACCAGAACUAGAAGCUGAGCUGGAGUCGGAGUCGGAGGGGGACAGCGACUAUGAGACCGCUUCAGCAUACCAAAAUACCAAUACAAGAUGGUAUUCUGCAAUUCGAAGGUUCUAUUUUGGAGAAAGAAAGGAAACGCAUAUUAGAUACAAUGGAGAGGCUAAUGCAAUUUCAUGGCGAAGUGAAGGUCAGAUAGACUUACGAAAAACUGGAACGUAUGCUAUGGCGAGUUUGCGUUUCUUUCAAGAUGUCUCUAGAGCUCCUAAAAAAGCAGAAGACUUAUCUCCAGAAGAAGACCAUUGGAUAAAAUCAGCUUACAUGGGAGGUUUAGUAUGGGCUGAGCCUUAUGAAGGCAUUGCGACUGAAUUGGAUUAUAAUGAAUAUUACCCGCAUAUCUUAGCUUAUGAGGGAGCAUGUUGGCCAAUAGGAUAUUACACUCACUAUGAUAUACAAAUGGCAAUAGAUCUAGGUCUUUACAUAGAAUUAUCUUCUGAAAGUCCUAAUGCUCUAAUAUUCGAGCAAAAUAAACUCAUGAGCGGACAUGAUAUUUUCCAUCAAUGGGCAAGAUAUCUUACAGAGAUCAAGCAUGAAGGUGGACAGAAGACUAAUAUUGCAAAAAAUAGUCCUAACAGGCAUUUCCGGGAUCAAGUUCACAAAGGCAUUAAGCAAAGAUACGAAGCCAGUUGCAUGUGA